AUGAACAUUCAGCAAACAUUACAUAUUGCACUGCUUGGCGCACAACUGGUAAUCACGCUAAUCAUGGUGAGCGUGAUACAGAAACUGAGCCCACACUUUUCGUUGGCCAAAUGGAUACUUUGCUCCACGGGGUUGACGCGCUACCUGCAUCCGACGGAUGAUGAGCUCCGGAAGCUGUCGGGUGUACCGCGAGAAAAGGGCAAAGGCAAAAAGGACAAACGGAAUGGGCACCACCAGGCGAACGGUGAAAGAUCGACAACGUUUCACAUUCCGCGCAGUCUGGACAUUCGGUUAGACACGACUCCAAUCGCACCGUACGAUAUUGUGCAUUUACGCUUCUACACCGAGUACCAGUGGCUGGUCGAUUUUAGCUUGUAUUCCGUCAUCGUUUAUACCAUUUCGGAGGUUUACCAUUUCUUCUAUCCGCUGAAAGAGGAGAUCAAUCUCAGCAUGGUAUGGUGCCUUCUGGUUGUGUUUUUCGCCUUCAAACUACUUGCCUCCCUUACGGUGCAAUACUUUAGAAGUGAGGAAUCGAUCGGCGAACGAUCCACCUGCAUCGUCACGGGGCUAGCUUACCUGGUGAUCGCGAUGAUCAUUCUGAUCGUGCCAGAGCACACACUGGAAGUCGGUCUGGACAAGGCAUAUCACAGCUUCAACACCAGCGCGUCAAGUUUCCUCGAGGGACAGGGGCUUAAUUCCUCUGGUCCUGCUUCUAAGAUUGUGGUAAAAUUCUUCAUUGCCGUCAGCUGUGGCAUCCUAGGAGCACUGUUCACCUUCCCCGGGUUGCGUAUGGCACGAAUGCACUGGGAUUCCUUGAAGUUCUGCAAUGAUCGACUAUGGUUGAAGCUGUUGCUGAACAUUAGCUUCGCGAUGCCAUUCCUGCUGGUUAUCCUGUGGGUCAAACCUCUUGCCCGAGAUUAUCUUACGGCACGCGUUUUCUCCGGCAUGAGCUCACCAAUCCUAUCGACGGAAGCGUUCGAAACGAUUCGUCUCGGAGCGGUGGUGAUCGCGGUCAUUUUGCGCUUCCUACUGAUGCCAGUCUACCUGCAGGCCUACCUCAACCUUGCGCACGACCGUGUGGAGGAACAGAAGAAGGAAGCGGGCCGCAUAACGAAUGUGGAGCUGCAGAAGAAAAUAACAUCCAUCUUCUACUACCUCUGCGUCGUGACGCUCCAGUACGUGGCCCCAAUCUUGAUGUGCUUGUUCUUCGCCCUCAUGUACAAAACGCUCGGCGAGUACACGUGGAGCGGUGUGCUCAAGGAGUCGCUUCCGCUGGACGAAUGUUCCUCCGAUUUGGAGUACGAAAAAUCGUUGCUGGCCACGAUGGCCAAAGAACAGGCGGCCAGUGAAGCGCACGAAUUUCAAUCCAUAACCCCGGAAGCCGAUCAGCUACCGGCGGAAGACAACAUACUCACCACUGCCCAAAGUUUCCAGCUGUCGCUGCAGAGUUUAAAGUCUGUCUUCACCAAAGAUGUGUACCGUGGGCUGUUUGGGUUCGCAACGUGGUGGAGUUGCUUUAUCUGGUUCGCGGCCAGCUCGCUCGGUAUGGUUUAUCAGUCAUACUUUACCAAAUUGUGA